GUUGAUGGAUUGUCGCCGGUUUCUUUUAAUUUCUUUAAUCAGGAACACGACAUAUAAAACCGAAGACUUUGUUGGUCCUUCGCCGCAAACACUUUCGAGAUGAUUGAGGUGGUGGCAUCUAUGGCACGGGGGCCUGUGUUUUUGGCCGGAGAGGUUUUAGAAUGUCUUGUUACCUUCACAAACCCAAUGUCACACCUCUCUACAUCUGCCAGCAGUGAGAUGUUGGCAUGGUCCAGUGCUCAGAUCCACUGCCAGUUUCAUGCCAGCGAGAGCCGCGUGGCUCUACCCACUCAGGGCACCAAGCAGGACGUGCAAGCUGAGAGUGACACCGUGCUGAUACCAAGCAGAGGUGAACGAGGGCAGUGUGUCCUGGACACACCACCAAAGAUUUUAUUCUGUGAUCUUCGCUUGGACCCUGGAGAGAGCAAGACAUAUUCCUACAGCGAGGUCGUGCCCACUGACGGUCCGCCUAGUUUUCGGGGUCAGGCAGUGAAAUACGUGUACAAACUCACGAUUGGGUGUCAGCGAGUCAACUCGCCUAUCAAAUUACUGCGAGUCCCUUUCAGAGUCCUAGUGCUUCAUGGCAUGCCAGAGCCUCCGUUCCAUCAGGAUGAAGAAGUAGCUCCUUCAAACCCUUUCCUUGAGGAGGAGGAAGGAAGCAGGAGAGAUACAAGACCACUAGAAAGAGCACUGGACAUGCUAAUGAUCACUACCUCACGCCGGUGCCCAUAUAUGUUCAACAUCACAAACGUGCGGGGGAAGGUGGCUAAGUUCUGCAUCUUUAAGACCGUGUACAGGCUUGGAGAAGAUGUUAUCGGCACUUUCACAUUCUCAGAAGGAGAUAUUCCAUGUAUACAGUAUUCAGUAAGUCUGCAAAGUGAAGAGGAGGUGCAGGAGCAGUAUCAGAGACGACCCGGCCAGGCAGUCAGUGUCACUGGUCAUGGCCGACAUCUAGAGUCCUGCUUGCACACAGCAUCCAGCCAUUUCUCUCUUCCUGUGCCUCUUAACGUCACACCAGGGUUCACCACAGAUAUAGUGACGUUAAGAUGGCGUCUGCAUUUUGAGUUUGUCACGGCGAGGGAGCCUGUGGAGGCACCAGUGGUCCUGCAGAAUCAGUCAGAGGUCACAGUGUGGACCGGGGCCGAGCACGUGGAUGUGGACACCUUCAGCUGGGACCUGCCAAUCAAAGUGCUUCCCACCAAUCCCACGCUCGCUUCAUAUGUUUCACAGUUCACAGGGACAAACAGCAUCAAUAUUUGAGUUGUGCUAGGGUUUGAGGCGGGAGAUCCUAAAACUAACAAGCGUUGUGGUGUCAUUCGAGCAGUCCAUUCCAAUUUCAGUGUCGUUUGACUGGUUUUACCUUGUGCCGUGCAGUGAAAUCAUUCUUUAUUUAAGCUACUUUAACAUUUCAGACUUGACCAAGAGUCUGCUUUACCUCUUGUAAUGUUAACAAAUGUUCUGUAUUUAUUGUCAAUAUUGCAAUGUAUGCUCCAAAAGACGGUUUCUAUUAUAUUUCAGUUCCUCUAUUGCAAGCUAUUUUGUACAUUUCUCUACAUGCAAAAGAAAACUGAAUAAAGUCUGUAAAGAGUUA